AUGUGUGCUACAGAGGGUAAAUAUCUCUUACUGGCUGAUAACACCGUCAUCGUAUUCAGCUCUGACAAUGGAGCAAAUGUAGGGUGCGUAAGCCAUGUCACUGCUAGUAAUUACCCUUACAGAGGCGGCAAACGUUCUAUCUAUGAAGGUGGGAUCAGAUCACCUUCAUUUGUAUGGGCUGGAAGUCGACUAGCUCCUGCAACAUCUAACGCUCUCAUUCACGUUGCUGAUUGGCUGCCCACAUUUUGGGGUCUUGCUAGUCUGCAAGGGACGAUGAAGCCGAACAACCCCAUCAAAACUAAGUCACUAGAUGGCGUAAAUCAGUGGCAGACUAUAUCAGAGAAUAAAGCUUCGGAGAGGACGGAGAUCUUACUGAAUAUUGAUCCUUAUCCUCUAAGUAAUGGUCACAAGGUCCCUAACUAUGGGAUCAGAUGGAAAGAGUGGAAACUAAUUCUAGGGUCAGGGGGUCCCCCAAGUGGCUGGUACCCAGCUCCAAGACUGAACGAUCUCGAGACCGCGGACAGAACUUGCCACAAACCUAUCGCAGGCCUCGUGGAGUUAUACAAUAUCGAGCUGGAUCCUUACGAACGUAGAAAUGUGUCCGACCGCUACCCUCACCUUGUAAAGAAGCUAACUCACAAGUUGAUGGCGUACAAUGCUACUGCUGUUCCACCAGGGAAUACUAAACAUGACCCAGCUUCAAGUCCUAAGAAUUUCAACCACACAUGGAUGCCUUGGAUGGAAGAUGGGGAGGAAGUGGGGGAGAAUAUGAGGAAGAACUUGUGGGAGAUGGAAGAGUACAACUGGGUCCAAAUGGAGGUGGAAGAGCUGCCGGACCCUUGCUACCAGGUUGUGAAUAAUGAUGUAGAUUUAUGA